AUGGCCACAGUGGGAAGGAACGUAUCAGCUCCUUUACUGUUUCUUAACUUGAUCAUGUACUUCAUAGUCCUAGGCUUUUCAAGUUGGUGCCUCAACAGGUUCAUCAAUGGCCAAACUUACCACCCUAGUUUUGGAGGAAAUGGUGCAACCAUGUUUUUCUUAACCUUCUCUAUACUAGCAGCUGUUCUGGGCAUAGUGUCAAAAUUUAUGGGUGGCAAUCACAUGAGGACAUGGAGGAGUGACAGUUUAGCAUCUGCAGGAGCCACAUCACUGGUUGCUUGGGCUGUCACUGCUCUAGCAUUUGGGUUGGCUUGCAAGGAAAUAAACAUAGGAGGUCACAGAGGGUGGAGGUUGAAGAUAGUGGAGGCCUUCAUAAUCAUACUCACAUUCACACAAUUGUUGUACGUGCUUCUGAUACAUGCAGGCCUAUACAGCAGCAGAUAUGGUCCCGGGUACCGUGAUACUGACUAUCCUACGGGAGGAGCUACAGGAGAUCCAAUGCACAAGCAUGCAGGUGUUCCUGCUACUGGAACUCGUGUCUAA